GACAGAACAGUAAGCUAAGCAGACUCUGACCAUUGGCCUCCCUCCCAUCAGCCAGGAUCAACCUAUCUCUUUGUUUGUGGUCCAUGAGCUGCAUCAUCUACCAUCAUUGUGCAACUGGCCCCCAACGCAAUGUGUGUUUGUCAAACCAUGGAAGUGGGGCAGUAUGGCAAGAAUGCAAGUCGGGCCGGAGACCGAGGAGUCCUCCUGGAGCCCUUCAUCCAUCAGGUGGGCGGACACAGCAGCAUGAUGCGGUACGACGAUCACACUGUGUGCAAACCUCUCAUCUCCCGCGAACAGCGCUUCUAUGAGUCUCUCCCUCCUGAAAUGAAGGAAUUCACCCCUGAAUACAAAGGCGUUGUUUCUGUCUGUUUUGAGGGGGACAGUGAUGGUUACAUCAACUUGGUAGCCUACCCUUACGUGGAAAGUGAGAUUGUAGAGCAAGAUGACACACCAGAACGGGAGCAACCGCGACGUAAACACUCCCGCCGGAGCCUGCAUCGGUCAGGCAGUGGUAGUGACCACAAGGAGGAGAAAGCCAGCCUGUCCUUGGAGACCACUGAGAGCUCCCAGGAGGCCAAGAGUCCGAAAGUGGAGCUACAUAGCCACUCAGAUGUCCCUUUCCAGAUGCUAGACAGCAAUAGUGGUCUGAGUUCUGAGAAGAUCAGCUACAACCCCUGGAGUCUGCGCUGUCACAAACAGCAGCUGAGCCGGAUGCGCUCUGAGUCCAAGGACCGAAAACUCUACAAGUUCCUCCUGCUUGAGAAUGUGGUACACCACUUCAAGUACCCCUGUGUGCUGGACUUGAAGAUGGGUACCCGGCAGCAUGGAGACGACGCAUCAGCUGAGAAGGCAGCCCGGCAGAUGAGGAAGUGUGAGCAGAGCACAUCUGCUACGCUGGGGGUCAGGGUCUGUGGCAUGCAGGUAUACCAGCUGGACACAGGUCAUUACCUCUGCAGGAACAAGUACUAUGGUCGUGGACUCUCCAUUGAAGGCUUCCGCAAUGCCCUGUAUCAGUACCUGCACAAUGGCCUAGACCUGCGACGUGACCUCUUUGAGCCUAUCCUGAGCAAACUUCGGGGCCUCAAAGCUGUGCUAGAACGACAGGCCUCCUACCGCUUCUACUCCAGUUCUCUGCUCGUCAUCUAUGAUGGCAAGGAGUGCCGGUCUGAUCUGCGACUCAAGCACGUGGACAUGGGGCUCCCUGAGGUGUCACCACCCUGUGGCCCCAGCACUAGCCCUAGCAGCACCAACCUUGAAGCUGGCCCCUCUUCUCCGCCCAAGGUGGAUGUCCGCAUGAUUGACUUUGCACACAGCACAUUCAAGGGCUUCCGGGAUGACCCCACUGUCCACGAUGGGCCGGACAGAGGCUAUGUGUUUGGUUUGGAGAAUCUUAUCAGUAUCAUGGAACAGAUGCGGGACGAGAACCAGUAGGCCCAGAUCUGGGCCCUAAGACCCCUUCCUCUCCACCCACAGGCAGGGACCAUUGCUCUGAACUUGCUGUGAGGACACACUGACUUGCUUUUAAAGGGUUAUAUUUCUCUUUGGUGUAAACUAAAAGAAAUGUUUUUAGCUGUA